AUGCAAGAACUUGCUGAUGAAGCUGUUGUACCUUCUGGGUAUGCUCGUAUUACAAAGAAAAUUGGUGAUGGGUUCUCAUUUAUGAAGGCUGACGAGUGGAAGUCGUGGUGCAUAAUAUAUUCUCCAUUUGUUUUGAAGUGCGUAAUUCCUGCCGUCCACCUUGCCAAUUGGAUGCUUUUUAUAAAAGCAUGUCGUCUGCUAACUAAGCCGUCCAUAACUGUCAAAGAAACUGCAGAAGCUCACAAGUAUCUUCAAGAACUUUGUACCAAAUGUCAGACUUUUUAUAAAAAACCAGCGAUUACUCCAAACAUGUACUUGCAUCUUCAUCUUAGCAAGUGUAUCAAUGAUUUUGAUCCUAAGGGUGGAUUUGAGUCAACAAUGAUGAAGCGAUUUCUUGAAAAAGCAUACAUUGGCAGCUAUAUCAGAACCUUUUCAACCAGUCUUAACGAAUUUAUUAUUACUUUCCUACACAGCAUUUCCAACAGUCAAUCUCAUUUGCCUUUGCAAUCUGAUAGCAGCGCUUUCAAUUUACCUCAGUUUGUUGAGUUUUCUUCAAACCCUCGCAAGUUAUCCUCAGAAUAG